AUGCGCGCCGUGGAGUUUACGAACCUUCGUGGGAUGAAUGCGCAAGUGGCGUCCGACGACUCCUCGACUACACUGUAUAAGUGUUCCACGCUUGAUAGUGGCUGGAACGCGUGCGCGUCGUCAGUGCACAGCGUCCAGCCUCUAGGGGCUGGUGGUCACGGCAGGACGGGGGUCGGUUUCCAGCCGUGUGCGAACAGUUUUUUUGCGUUGGGGCUCGCGAGAGGAGGCGACGACGCACACCGCGCAGCGCUGGCAGUGGAUGCAGGGUACACGAGUAUAGACUUUGCAGUUAUCUGUGACGGGUCGGAUUAUCGUAUAUUUGAAAACGGCAUUGAGAAGAAAGUGUAUGAUACGAUGUUCUGGCCAGACGCCGGUACAGGGUAUAGUGGAGUGGAGGUGAAGCUGAACCACGAGUCCAACAUCACCUACUGCCUCAACGGGCAUGUUUUCUACACCAGCCUGGUGCAGCCCCGCUACCCCUUGCACGUCAAGGUGUGCAGCAGGCAGGCCGGCCCCGUGGCGAUUAAUGUCCAGUGGGUGGGCGACCUGACCGAGCCCCGUGCGCACGGGGACCUCCUUGCCGAGCAGCAGCUCACCAUCAUUGCGCUUGCGGAGUCAAGGGCCGAGACGCGCGGCCUCGUACAGCGCGCGGCCGCGCUCGCGGCCGAGCGGGAUGAGCUACAGUCCGACAGGGCGGCGGCCGAGCAGCGCGCGGGCGCGCUCGCGGCGGAGCGGGAGGAGCUGCAGUCCGACAGGGCGGCGGCCGAGCGGCGCGCGGCCGCGCUCGCGGCGGAGCGAGAGGAGCUGCAGUCCGACAGGGCGGCGGCCGAGUGGCGCGCGGCCGCGCUCGCGGCGGAGCGGGAGGAGCUCCAGUCGCAGAUCGCCAGGCUGGAGCAACGCCUCGCGGCGGAGAUGCGCCUCGGGGCGCGGGGGCAGCAGGACAGCAUGGUGCAGGUCGCCGAGCUGGGCCCGCAGGUUCAUGAGGUCCUGUUGCAGCUGCAGCAGGUGUCGUCGCAGACGCAGCAGCCGCACCAGGAGGUCACCCAG